AUGGAUACAUGCUUGUGUGUGUGUGUGUGUGUGUGUAUAUAUAUUUAUUUAUACAUUGCUGAUGAUCAUUCAACCUUUGAAAGAACUAGUCAUUUUUACGAGCGGGGUACUUCGACUCCUGGCACGCCUUUACCAACUCCCGGAACCCGUUCCGAAGUGGAUGGAUAUUUAAGAAGAUCAAGUGUUUAUCACACUCCGCCCGAUCCAUUGAGGGGACGACCUAGAGAUAGAUCGUACAGGAACGGACCACCUUAUACAUCGGGAACGGAAAGAAGUAGGAUUUAUUUACUAUGA